AGCGGCCGGGGCUCGCCUUCGCUGCCCUCCCCAUGAUGGCGGCCCCGCGGGGGCCGCUCACGUGCCUCCUCCCCCCCUCCUGAGCAAUCAGCUGAGGAGCCCAGGAGGGGGCACGUGACCCAGACCGGGGCUGGUGGAGAGCGACAGGCAGUCGAAGAAGAAGCUGGGCGCCGGAGGAGCCGCCACCGGGGGAAGCUGCCGGGUGCAUCCCCUUCCUGUGUGGAUGAUGCUCUCUGAGAAAUCCACCGCGGACCUUCCAGUCUUCCAGUUUACCAAUUGCUGGAUUUUGAGGAAUCAUGAACUGCAAAGGGAGGACCUGUGGGUGAGAGACGGGAGGAUCUUAAAUCCAGAGAAACUCUUCUUUGAUGAGAAGAAGCCUGCAGAUGUCCGACUGGACUGCAAGGGCAGCAUCAUUGCACCUGGCUUCAUUGAUGUGCAAAUCAAUGGAGGUUUUGGAGUGGAUUUUUCCGUGGCAACGGAUGACGUGGGAGCAGGAAUCUCACUGGUGGGUCAGAAGAUACUGUCCCAUGGAGUAACCUCCUUCUGCCCAACGCUGGUGACUUCUCCACAAUCUGUAUACCACAAGGUGCUACCUCAGAUCCAGGUGAAAAAUGGAGGACCUCAUGGAGCUGGUAUCCUAGGAGUUCAUUUGGAAGGGCCGUUCAUAAGCAAGGAGAAGAGGGGGGCUCACCCCGAACACUGUCUUCGCACUUUUGAGAAGGGAGCCUUCCAGGAAUUGCUAGCGACGUAUGGCUGCCUGGACAGCGUCUGUAUCGUCACCUUGGCACCUGAGAUGAAGAGGAGCAGUGAGGUGAUCCAGGAACUUACCAAGCGGGGCAUCUGUGUGUCACUAGGUCACUCUGUGGCCAAUCUGUCUCAAGCUGAGGAAGCUGUUCGGCAUGGGGCCACCUUCAUCACCCACCUCUUCAAUGCCAUGUUGCCUUUCCACCAUCGAGAUCCUGGAAUCGUGGGGCUCCUCACAAGUGACCAGAUUCCCCCAGGUCGGCAAGUCUUCUAUGGCAUGAUCUCUGAUGGGAUCCACACAAACCCGGCCGCUCUGCGGAUUGCACACCGGGCUCACCCUAAAGGGCUGAUCCUGGUGACAGAUGCCAUCACAGCAAUGGGGCUUGCUCCAGGCAGGCAUACGUUGGGCCAACAAGUGAUUGAGAUGGAUGGGCUCAAUAGCUACAUUGCAGGGACCAAAACUCUGAGUGGCAGCGUCGCAACCAUGGACACCUGCGUUCGGCAUUUCAGGGAAGCGACAGGGUGCUCUGUGGAAACAGCAUUGGAGGCUGCUUCCCUCCAUCCUGCUCAGCUCUUGAAAAUUGAGGACAGGAAGGGUACCUUGGACUAUGACACUGACGCAGAUUUCUUGUUGCUGGACGACCACCUCCAUGUCCAGGCGACCUACAUUGCAGGGCAACAGGUCUGGCGACACAACAGCUUCGUGAUGUGAAAACAGGAGCCAAGCGAAGGACAAUCAGCACUUGAAACGGGAGGCAGAGGGCUGUUUCCAGCUGAUGGGCCGUGCUUUCCUUACUCACAAAGGCCUUUCCCUUCUCUGUCUCUUCUCUUCCUGUCCCCUUGCUCCUGCAACUCUCUCGAAAAAGAACAUCUACAAGCAAAGACAGCCACCCAGUGGUGACCACAGUGGCUUCCGUUCACAAGUUGCCUUCUACAGUGGGUUUUGGGUUCCCAAGGAGCUGAGGCAGAAGGGGUCGCCUUGCACCAGAUGGCGGAGCUGGCCCUCCAACUUGUGAAGGUCUCCCAAGUACUGGCUUUGAGCUUUUUUCCUGUUCACUGUUUGAAUGGAAAGGGCCGAAGAUCCGAUCGCAUGUGGAACAGCUGGAUGAAGACACCUGCUCCCCUUACAGGAGGGCUCCCACCAUUUCUGUCCUGCAGUGCCUCUCAUACUUGCUCUGUCACAUCUCUUCAUGCUGGAUUUUUUUAUUUUAUUUUAAUUUUUUUGGACCUGGCAAUAUGCCUUGCCCAUGAUUAAAGUCAGUUGGGGCAUUC